UGCCAUGAUUAUGGGAUGAUAGAUGACAUGAUAGUCUUCACAAAGGAUGUUGUUACAAAAAAUAUGUUGCUGGCUGUUGGACAAGAAGUUAUUGCCACUGUGGAAGAGGAUAAAACGUCAGGUGGCCUGAAGGCUGUCAGGGUAGACACCAUCCAGAAUACACAAGAAGACUUCAGUCCUACUUGUGAUGCCACUGAACUGAAUAAGAAAACACUAAUUGGCAGUAUUACCUCUCUCUCUGUGGAUGGUGGCUAUAUUAAUCAGAAUACAUACUUUGCAAUGCAAGACGUCUGGGAAGAUUUCAAACCUUAUGAAGGAGACUGGGUGCAAGCAAAGUAUUAUAUUAACUCAACAACAUGGAAGACUGAAGCAGUUGCUGUAAGGCCUUUGAGGUAUAAACAAGUAAACAAGGUUCGCAUUUCCAACAUUUGUGGAAGAACUGGGACAGUAGAUGACAGUAUAUUUUUCACUUUGGAUUCACUGAGACUUCCUGAUGGUUACUUUCCUCGUAGACAUGAUCUGGUGAACACAAUUGUGGUGGAGAGCAGUCAGUCCUGUUACAUUUGGAGAGCUCUCUGCUUGGUGCCAGUCAACCAGGAUGGACAGUCUCACUCUAAUGAAGGUAAUGUGGAUGAGCCUUAUGAAGACAUAAUGAGAGACAGAGGAGAGUUGAAAGUAUCAAGAAUGACUGACUUUGGAACGCUGAAGCAAGGGGAAUCUAAAAGAAUGAUUGUUUGGAUAGAGAUUCAUGGACACAGUAAAGAGCUCCUCCUGCUUGGCUUUUCUGAUUUUACUGUUGGCCGCUAUAUUGAAGCCACUGUAACAAAUGAAGAGGAAUUACUUAUAGCACCUGUACAACCUUAUUCUCCAAGAAAGACUAAAAUUAUUACAGAUUCUCAGCCAAGGAAGACAACAGUGGUUGCCCCUAAACACAAAAGAAACAAGAGAAGGUGGUGUUCAAACUUUCUCCCGCAUUAUACCAUACCAGAUGAGUUAAGAAAAUGUGUGGAGCAGCAUUUAGACAUACUGACCUUUCAGCCCCUCCUAGCAGAGCGUCUUAAUCUAAAUAAUUACAAAGCAAACUUUUCAACUCUUUUAUGGCUUGAAGAGAUCCAAGCAGAAAUGGAUUUAAAAGAUUAUUACAUGAGUGGGGUUACUUUAAAAAGGAAUGGGAACUUGUUAGUGCUGGAAGUGCCAGGAGUAGAAGAGGGCAGACCUCGCCUGAUUCCAGGUGAUAAGGUGAUACUGAAAAGUCAGGUCUACUCAGAUCAUAUAAUAGAGUACAUUGCCCAUGUUGCUGAGAUAUGUGAGGAAGAUGUUACUCUUAAGGUUAAUGCUGACUUCGAACGUGCUUACAACUUGGAGCCCAUGGAUGUGGAAUUUGCUCAUUGCAGUGUUCCUAGCAGGCGAUGCCAGUUGGCCAUUCAGCAAGCUGUCUAUCUGGGUGAAAAAGUUGAUGAAACUGUGGCACUUAAACAGAGAGAUGGUGAAUUUUUCAAUCCUGUGCUGAAUGUGCAACAGAAACUGGCAGUGAAAAGGAUACUGAGUGGUGAAUGUCGCCCAACACCUUAUCUUCUCUUUGGACCACCAGGAACUGGAAAAACAGUAACAGUAAUUGAAGCUAUUUUACAGAUACAUUUUACUCUCCCAGACAGUCGGAUUUUGGUAUGUGCACCAUCAAAUGCUGCAACAGAUCUGAUUUGCUUGCGGCUGCAUCAAAGCAGUCUCUUAAAACCAGGAACUAUGGUUCGAGUUAAUGCUGCCUUCAGGUCAGCAGAGCAAAUUGAUGACAUGGUGAAACCUUAUUGCAAAGAUGGUGAUGAUAUUCAGAAGGCAUUGUGGUCCAGGAUUGUAAUUACAACAUGCAGCAGUGCAGGAUUUUUUUAUCAAACAGAUACACGGCUUGGACAUUUCACUCAUGUGAUUCUGGAUGAGGCGGGUCAGGCAAGUGAACCGGAGAGUCUGAUUCCUAUUGGGUUGAUUUCAGAAGCUGAUGGACAGAUAAUUCUCGUUGGAGAUCCAAAGCAGUUAGGGCCAGUAAUAAAAUCUAAACUUGCAGAGUCUUUUGGAUUAAGUAUGUCCUUGCUAGAAAGACUGUCAUCAAGAGAGCUAUAUAUGAGAGACGAGGAUGCUUUUGGUGCCUGUGGAGCAUACAAUCCUUUGUUGAUCACUAAACUCACAAAGAACUACAGGUCACAUUCUGCUUUGCUUGCCUUGCCAUCUAAAUUGUUUUAUCAUAAGGAACUGGAAGCUUGUGCAGAUACCUCAGUAGUGACUUCUUUCUUGAAUUGGGAGAAAUUGCCCAGGAAGGGAUUUCCAUUAAUUUUUCAUGGAAUAAGGGGCACUGAAACACGUGAGGGUCACAGUCCUUCAUGGUUUAAUCCAGCUGAAGCAGUUCAAGUCAUGAUGUACUGUUGCCAACUGACUAGAAGUGAAUACUCUGCAGUCCCAGUGACAGAUAUUGGAGUGAUUGCACCAUACCGUAAACAGGUGGAAAAAAUUAGAUUUCUUCUCAGAAGUAUUGAUUUGGAAGAUGUAAAGGUUGGCACAGUAGAAGAGUUUCAAGGGCAGGAGUACAUGGUUAUCAUCUUAUCAACAGUGCGAUCUCAGAAAGUCGUAAUUGAUGAUGAAAAACACUCUUUGGGCUUUCUCUGCAAUCCAAAGAGAUUUAACGUCGCAAUUACUAGAGCAAAAGCUUUGCUGAUUGUUGUGGGAAAUCCUCACAUUCUUGUGAAAGAUCCCUGUUUUUGUGCACUGUUAGAAUACAGUUUAAUGAACAGAGUUUAUAUAGGUUGUGACCUGCCCGCAGAGCUGGAACGCCUGCAGAAGUGUGACUAGUUUUUUGGUAUUCCAGAUGCAUUCAAGAGUUUGGUAUUCAUCU